CUUCUCCCCCUCACGAUUGCAGUGUGACAGAGACCUCGUUCGUGGUUCUUUCAUUUGGCUCUUUUUCUGCUAGUAACAAAACCGAACAAAAACUAAGGAGAACACAGGAUUAUAUUACAAUAGAACAACUGAUCAGUAGUUUGAUGUACAUGUGGAAAACUCGACCAUGCUCAUUAGACAGGGGGCGCUUAUUGCUUUCUGUUUCUGUUCAACUCUGACCGUAAGCAGGGAGGAGCAGAGCAUUCACAGACCUGACACCAGUCCAAACCAAGCAUAUUUUGCAGAAACAUUUGACACAAGUCCAUUAGAUAGAAAAUGGGUCCUUUCCCAAUCACUGAAAGAAGCAGAGUUCAACAUUUAUAAAUAUGAUGGAGAAUGGCUUUUAGAGGAGUCCAAGAAUCGAGCAUCACCAGGAAAUAAAGGCCUUGUCCUUAAGUCUCCUGGCCGGCACCAUGCAAUUUCUGCUUACCUAAGCACAGUGUACCACUUCAAUGAAAAACCUCUGUGUCUACAGUAUGAAGUUUUCUUCCAAAAUGGGAUUGAGUGUGGAGGAGGCUACAUAAAGUUGCUGUCUCAUUCAGAUGACCUACAAUUGAGUCAGUUUAAUGAUGCCACACCAUACAGCAUUAUGUUUGGUCCAGACAAAUGUGGAAGUAUGUACAAAGUGCAUUUCAUUUUCAACCACCGGAACCCCCUGACAGGGAGCUAUGAGGAGAAACAUGCUCGGCAGCCUAAGACUGACCUGAGCGACUAUUUCACUGACCACAGCCCUCAUCUUUACACUCUCAAUUUGUAUCCUGACAACACAUUUGAAAUUCUCAUCGACCAAACAUUGAUCAAUAACGGCAGUCUUCUAGAGGACAUGGAUCCACCAGUGAUGCCUCCUCGUGAGAUAGAGGACCCCAGUGAUACUAAACCCUUAAACUGGGACGACAGGCGUUAUAUUCCAGAUCCUACCAUCACAAAACCCCAUGAUUGGGACGAAGAAGCUCCUCCACAUAUUGCUGACCCCACUGUGCAGAAACCUAUUGGCUGGAUAGAAGAUGAAGAGCCCUUUGUCCCAGACCCAGAGGCUCAGGCUCCAAAUGACUGGUCAGUGGAGAUGGAUGGAGAAUGGGAAGCUCCUCUCAUUGCUAACCCUGCCUGCUCCCAUGCUGUCGGCUGUGGGCCGUGGAAGCCUCCCAUGGUGGCGAACCCAGCAUACAAAGGGAAAUGGAAGUCACCUAAGAUAGAAAACCCAAAUUAUCAGGGGAAAUGGAAGCCACGAAUGAUCCCUAACCCAGCUUACUUUGAGGACACUCAACCAUUCAGAAUGAGUCCUGUGUCUGCAGUAGGCUUUGAGCUUUGGUCCCUUACUGGUGAUGUGCUGUUUGACAACAUCUUGCUUUGUGAUGACCCUGUGAUCACCAGACGUUGGACAGAGGAAACCUGGGGACAAAGGCAAACACAUGGAGUUGUGGAGCGGUUACUGUUUGCCACAGGAAAGCGUCCCUGGCUCUGGGGUGUGUACAUCUUCACAGUGGGUCUUCCCAUCAUCCUUUUUGUCAGUUUCAUGUGGCCUGAUAAGCGAUUUGGCCCCUCGGAUCAGGAAUAUUACUACAAGAAAAGUGAUGAGCCUCAGCCAGACGGUUCAGAGGAUCCAGAGGACCACAUGAGUUUCUCUGAGUAUGGAUCCAACAACUCUACUGAUCUGAGAAAACGGGAGGUCAACAAAGCACAGAAAAAGUCAGAUCUGGAGUUAAAGUGAACCUAGCAUGGAUACAACAAUGAAAGAAUGGAAACGUGUGGUUUCUGAAUGUAUGGGGCCUUAGGUGACAUCCUGCUAUGAAUAUUCUAAUCUUGAAAACAAUUCACCAGACACUCCAGAGAGAAAAUACAUUUAAUAUUUUUUUUUUUAAGUGAUGAUGUGGGUGGUAAGAUCUUUUAACCUGUAACAAAAGCAUAUUUCGUUUUGUAAAGUCUGAGUUUUGAAUAAAGGUAACUUUGACUUCCAGA